GUGUGUGUGUGUGCACGUCAGCAGCUUAGCUUGCCUCUUCAUCUGCUGCCACAAGUGUGUGUGUGUGUGUUUUGAGUGCCCAUCCUUCGGCAUGAAUGUCCAACAUGGAGCCACUGAGGAUUUCUCCACCAGGAACCCUCAGGACGACUUUGAGAUCCUGUUGAGGGUCGGAUGGGGAACCUACGGGGACGUUUACAAGGCCCGUAAUAAGCAGACUGGAGACAUGGCAGCUAUUAAGAUUAUCACGAUGGAACCAGACGAUGACUUUUCCACCAUUGAGCAGGAAAUAGUCAUUGUGAAGAGCUGCAAGCAUGCCAACAUUGUGGCGUAUCAUGGCAGCUACAUACGUGCUAAUACGCUGUGGAUCUGCAUGGAGUUCUGUGGGGGAGGGUCCCUGCAGGAUGUCUAUAGCGUGGCCGGCCCGCUGUCGGAGACACAGAUUGCCUACGUCUGCAGAGAAAUGCUGCAGGGUCUGGACUACCUCCAUUCACAGAGGAAAAUCCACCGGGACAUCAAGGGAGCCAACAUCCUCCUCAACGACCAGGGCGAAGUGAAGUUAGCCGACUUUGGCAUCUCCGCCCAAAUCACGGCUACUCUCGCCCGUCGCAUGUCCUUCAUUGGGUCACCAUAUUGGAUGGCGCCAGAGGUGGCAGCAGUGGAAAUAAAAGGCGGCUACAAUGAACUGUGCGACAUCUGGUCGGUGGGCAUCACGGCAAUCGAGCUUGCAGAACUACAGCCGCCCAUGUUUGACGUCCACCCGCUACGAGUCCUGUUUCUCAUGUCCAAGAGUGGCUACCAACCUCCUAAGCUGAAGGACAAGUCAAAAUGGUCGCCCACGUUCUAUAACUUUGUCAAGGCCAUGUUGGUGAAGAACCCAAAAAAGAGACCCAGUGCCUCCAAGAUACUUUCACACAUAUUUCUGGCGCAGAAGUGCCUGACCCAGGAACUGACCCAGGACCUGCUGGAGAAGUGUCGACACCCGGAGAAAGUCAAAUUCUUCCCGACGACAGAGGACGACGACACAGAGGUACCUGUGUCUGGAUCACUAAAGAGGAUCCAGUCGAUCAACAAACACAGCCGAGCAGAGAGGAAACACUCUCAAACAUUGGAGCAGAUCUACUCUCAGAGGCCCGUGAGGAAACAAAGAGCAGAUCCAACACUGACAUCGUCAGGCGGUUCGCACAGCAUCAACACACAACCACUGAGGGACAAGGACACGGACUCAGACGACGACUAUGAUGAUGUGGAUGUGCCGACCAUGGCGGACACGCGCGUCACAAUGCCAGCUGUCCAGACUCCGCCUCCACUUCCCCCUAAGCCCAAAAUGCGGUCGAGCUCAGAGGAAAUUGUGUGGGUGGAAGACGAGCGGGUCAGCAAAACGCCUUCGCCGUGCGACCCCUCCCCUCUCAUCAGAACCUCCAGUGGGACACACGUACGACCCGCUCUCCACCCACGCGAGAUGCGGCACUCAGACCCCCUGUCCCUGCUGUUGAACAAGCAGUUGCUGGAGCUCCUCCCCCCUGAGUUGCCUCCGAAAGGAAGACGCAGUCCCCCCAAACCCCCCGCCAAGGAGCCUGCUGCUACUGCUGACUGUGUGAGUCCUCUUGUGAAGCCUCUUAUCUAUUUUAAGAAGAUCUUCCAUGGCUGUCCUCUCAAGAUAAAGUGUUCCACAACCUGGGAACACCCAGACACAAAAGACCAGCAUCUCAUCCUGGGAGCAGAGGAGGGUAUCUAUACCCUCAACCUCAACAGUUCAGAAGCCACCAUGGAGCUGUUGUAUCCUGGGAAGUGCACCUGGGUCUACAGUGGCCACAACGUUCUCAUGUCCGUAUCAGGCAAAUCCUCUCAGCUUCACUCACACUCUCUAAAGGAGCUGUACGAGCAGGCACGGAGGGACCAGAGGAUGGUGGUGCUGCCCACGCAUCGGCUGUUGCCGAGGAAGUGCGCCGUGACGUGUAAAAUACCUGAGACAAAGGGCUGCAGGACCUGCUCAGUCGCUGAGAACUUCCUGUGCUGUGCGCUGGAGUCCAGCGUGAUGCUGCUGCAGUGGUACGAGCCAAUGAACAAGUUCAUGCUCAUCAAGCAUUUCGACUUCCCGCUCACCAACCCUCUGCGGGUGUUUGAGAUGGUGCUGGACCCUCAGCAGGAGUACCCACUGGUGUGUAUAGGGGUCACUCGAGGUUCCAGCCCCGCCCUGCCUGCCACUAUAGAAUACAUCAACCUCAACUCCAACACUUCCUGGUUUACACAUGCCGACGUAGCAGAGAAACACUGGCCAAAUGUUGUACAAGUCAACCAGCUGGACAGCAGCUCAUUGCUGGUCCUCUUAGAAAGGUCAGUGCACAUAGUCGACCUGGAGGGGGUGCUAAAGAGCAGCUGGCAAAAUGAGACCAACUUCCCAUGUGAUGUAGAGUCUGUAGUGUACUUUGAGGACACGUUGCUAGCCGUGUGGCGUCACGGCUGGCUUAGGACGGGAAGAGGAAUGGCCGGAGUGUUGGAGGAAACCAUCGACCGCAAAAAGACUUACAGGCUGGUGCAGUCAGACAGGGUGGUCGUCAUGGAGACGCAUCCGACCCAGGACCAGUCAGGGUUGUCCAACUUGUACUUGCUGAAAAUUGCUGAGAAUUAUGUCAUGCUGCCCUGACGCCGGUGCCUGCGCAGAGCAUCAUGGGAUACGUGAUGCCUCCACAAAGGACUGAUUGUGAAGGACCAGCACUUGACUGACUGAUGCCAGGGGAAGUCUGCACGUGUUUAUCCUCAGCUCAGCUUCCUCCGUGGGAUCCAAAACGACGUGUAAACUGACUUUUUUUCUGUCAGUGUAAUGUCAAUAAAGUGCUGCA